AUGGUGUGUUUGCGUGUGUGCUUGUAUGUGUUGUCUGUGUGUUCUAUUGACGGUGGUUGUGUGUGUCAGGUCCACGCUGACUCUGUCCAUGUGUGUGCUGUGGUGGUGGAAUACAUCACGAAAGCCGGACGUACAAACAGAGGCGUUGCCACCACUUGGCUCCGACACCAGAUUCCCCCCGAGAACGGGCACAGGCCCACGGUGCCGGUGUACGUCCGCAAGUCACAGUUCCGGCUGCCGUUCAAGCCCAGCACUCCCAUCAUCAUGGUGGGCCCCGGCACCGGCAUCGCUCCCUUCAUCGGCUUCAUUCAGGAGCGAGCGUGGCUCCAGCAGCAAGGGAAGCAGUUGGGGGAGACGGUGCUGUACUGUGGCUGCCGUUUCCAGGCUGAGGACUUUCUGUAUCAGGAGCAGUUGGAGCAGUGGCAGCAGGAGGGGGUCCUCACUCAGCUCAACGUGGCUUUCUCCAGAGACCAGCCCAACAAGGUGUACGUACAGCAUUUGCUGAAGAAAAACAAAGAGAAUGUGUGGCACCUGAUCCACGAUGCGAACGCACAUAUCUACAUUUGUGGUGAUGCAAAGAACAUGGCCCGAGAUGUCCAGAACGCUUUCUGUGAGAUUGUAGCUGAGCUGGGAAACAUGACGCAGACACAGGCAGUGGAUUACGUCAAGAAACUGAUGACAAAAGGGCGUUACUCCUCUGACGUCUGGAGCUAGAGCAGAGAUGGGGGGAGGGUAUCUGCGUUCUGUCUGUGCAUUAACUGAUUGAAAACGGACACGUGACCGGCCGGACAAGGCGGCUGCACAAAUCAAUGCAAGAGAUUUAUACAGUAAACCUGCGAGAUCAUGACUUCAACAAUUAUUUCUUAAGCAUCCUUCAAAUUAUUCCCUGUAAAAUCAUUAAGAAAAUUAAUAUUUUGCAUUAGAGACUUUUCCUAUCAUUACUGACCUGAACGACUGACUAUUUGAAAAGUUACUCAAACUCACAAAUAACUCCAAACACUUCACUUCAACCCAAGUGUUUGUGUGGUUCAGUGCAGCAGCCCUCGAUACCUGCCAUCAGGAUAUAGCACCAGAUUUUACGUCUACAAUUGGUUGACAGCAAAUAACUUAGAAAUGACAAGCCCAUAAAAUAGAUAAAUAAGUGAACUAUAAUAUUGGUUAACAAAAUUGCAGGAGAAACUAAACCAAACCCAACAUCAAUUUUAGCAACAAUUUUGAUAUCUAUUGAUGUCACCCAAAAUGCCCAGUUCUGUGUGGUGCUGAUGCAGACUCACUGUGUCCUGCUAUUGUCUGAAAUUAACCACACAAAGGUUAGUUUUACAUUUUGUGCAAUUAUUUGUAAGAUUUAUUGAUGGCUUUUAUACCCGGUGUUGCAUGUGCGAGUGAGCAGCUAGGAAUAUCAGUACACAGUGUAAACUGCAUGUCGUACUUUUAUAUAAGAUCAGCAAAAUGCUUUCAUUUUUAUUUGGCAAUAAUUGUUCUGUUACAAUAGAGAACUAAAAUCUUAAUAUACAAUGUACUUUUAAUUAAAAUUUGCAAUCUUGUUAUUGUCCAGAA